AUGAGUGCUCAUGGCUCUUUUCAACCCGAUGAGCCAGCGGCGCUGUUUUACAUUGGCCAGCACGACGGCAGGGCCAACGUCCAGGCAUCGCCUGAUGUCCUUUCUCUAGCAUAUGGACUGGGCUACGAUUUCCUGACCACGCCCAUCACCACCUCCGCCUUCCAUUCGAGGGUGGUAGCGCAGGCGAAAGACCUUCUGCCACCUACCGACACCACCUGUUUGCCCACCUUGAACCCUCUCACCCCCCAGGACUCCAAUUUGGCACCCAAUGAAGGCAACUCUGCUUUGGUGGGCUUCGUCAGCGCAUGGAUCGAUCUUGGUUCUCCCAAUCCCGUUAUUGCGAAGCUCAGCCAACGCGUGUUGAACGCAGAAGUGGCCUACGCAGCCUUCUGUGGCAUCAACACCCUGAUCGUCCACGGUCCGUCUGCCCAGGCUAAUGUGGUGCAAUAUGCGCGCGACAUCCGAGAGGCUCUUGCACUCGGCCCGUUCGUGCAGCUCCACAUUCUACUUCCAAUGACUGGCGAGCUGGAGCAUGACUACGCGGAUUCUUCUCCUCUCGCCGAGCUUGUCGCAGAAUCUGAAGUCGAUCUUGACGACGACGACGAUCUAUCCCGCCAUACAGAUUUGUACGGCGUCUGGAAAGACUGGAAUACAAUCCGGACAAUCUGUAGCUACAGCCAGAAGCUGUCACUAGCUCUCGAACUUCCGCGUCAACUACCAGCCCCGAGCCUUCAACGCCGCUGGUUUUCCGAACCCAUCCGACUUCUUAUCUACUCCCGGACGAGUUUUCUGCGCAACGCAAAAGGCUACCCAGUCCUUUCCAAGCAACACCAACAGCUGUUGUCUCGCUUUGCCACACUCCCUUCGCCGCCUUGGUUGCUGCUUAGUGAUGUCGACCCGCUCGAGGAUGCCACUUCAACCACGACCACUGGUCAACCCACGGAGCCCACGCCGGCUGAAGCUGCGAGCCGGUCGAAUGAGAAACCCAAGGACAAUGCGCCUCACCUCCGCUAUUUGCGACAUUUGCAGCACACUCAGCCCUCGCGAACAGCCAUUGAAAGAUUCGGUCAGGGGUACGAGGAUUUUCUGCAAUCUCCCCUUCAACCGCUGACGGACAAUCUGGAGUCAAUUACCUACGAAGGCUUCGAGAAGGAUCCGGUGAAGUAUGAGUGGUACGGACGAGCCAUUGCUGCGGCACUGAAAGACCUGCGAAAGCAGAUCCAAGGCGAUAGGCCAGUCAUCGUAGCCGUGGUCGGAGCUGGUAGAGGUCCACUGGUUACCAGAGCUCUACAAGCCAGCAUUCAGACGGGGAUUAAGAUCCAGUGCUGGGCGGUGGAGAAGAAUCCGAACGCCUUUCUUCUCCUGCAGAGGAGGAACGCUAUCGAUGACCUAUGGAACAACCAGGUCCGCGUUGUCAAGUCGGACAUGCGACACUGGAGGGGCCCGACAGCGGCGGAGUCUACCGCACCCGUCGACAUCUUUGUCUCUGAAUUGCUGGGCUCCUUUGGCGACAACGAGCUCUCCCCAGAAUGUCUCGAUGGUGUCCAACACCUCUUGCAUCCCGCCCAUGGUGUCAGCAUACCGCAAAGCUAUACUGCCCACAUUACGCCGCUCUCUUCGCCAAGACUUUACAACGAUCUUCUCAGCCGAAGCGGGAUCGAGAAGUGGGAGCUGCCGUACGUUGUCAUGUUACAUCGAUACGACUAUCUCUGCACUCAAACAAAUUCGGAGGCUGAAGUAGUGCCAGACGUGAAGCAGACAUGGGCUUUUUCACAUCCCGUGCCCGGCGACGCAUUGGAGCAAUCGCGGGGCAGAGCUGGCGGCGGGCUAGACACCGGCGGCUGGGCCGGGGGCGAUGGCGGCAAUGAGCACAAUGCGCGUGCCUGCAAAGUCUCCUUUACAUCUCGCGAGCCCGGCGUGUGCCACGGCCUUGCUGGCUACUUCGAAACAGUGCUGUACGCUGGCAAUGACAGCAAGAUCGAGCUCUCCAUCAACCCGGUGACGAUGCCCCAAAAGAGCAGAGAUAUGAUUAGCUGGUUCCCCAUCUUCUUCCCCUUCAAGACGCCGCUAUAUAUUCCAGAAGAGUCCGAGAUUGAAGUGAGCAUGUGGCGUCAGACAGACGACCGGAGCGUAUGGUACGAGUGGAUCGCCGAAGUGUACAAGAAGGUCAGAGGCGGGAAGAGAAUGAUUGCAGUCUCGGAACUGCAUUCGAGCCGCAAGAACGCGUGUCUCACGUAG